AUGCUGUUGACCAACUUGCUACAUAAUCUAAAAGUAAACGUAUGCUUCGUCUUGGUUGGUGUCGUGUUGAUCUUCAUCAUCUUCGACGUUAACAAGGGCAUCUUCGAAGUGCGUGUACUCAUCCAGCUCUUCUUCAUCCACGUUUUUAGCGUUGAAGAAGAUGUGAACAAGCUUUUCCAUUCGAUCGGGUGCCAGGCGGUUACGGAGCUUGGAAUGGAUGAAUCCACGAGUGAAAAGUUCUGUUCAGCUGCAGACGUGGAUCCGGCGCACCUAAACAAUUGUUUCGCUAUCUCUUGGAGUAGAUCAAACUUCUUCAAACUACACCAGAAGUCGUGGAUCGGAAGCUUGCGUCGACGAAAGCUUCCACUGCUGCGACGAGCUGUCUUUCAACUCAGCAACAUACCGGCGGAACAAUGCUUGGUGAAUGAGAACAUCGUCCGCGCUGGCUUCCCCGAACCAUAG